CAUUAUUAUUUAUUUAAAAAAAAAACCCAAUAAUUAUUACGUCUGGCUUAAAAAUAACAACAACAACAACAACAAAAAUAAAUUUGUAUUCUAGUACAGAUGUAAAUUGAGUGACGAGUCUUAUGAACUCUGAAUAUACAUACCGGCCGAUGACCUGUGUCCAUAUUAUUAAAAAAAAAUGUUAAUAAUUGUAUUUAUUUAUUUAUUUAUUUACAGAUUGGAUAAUAAUUAUUUAAAAACAAUAUGAUGCCUAGUAAACCCUCUGGUUAUGGUCCAAUAAUGGCACAGCCAACAGUGGAUAGUCCUCCAAUGUAUCCUGGACCACCAUCGUCAUUCAAUCAACCUCCCCAACAACAACAACAGCAACCAUAUACUGGACAAAUGCCAAUGCCAAUGCCGAUGCCAGUGGCAAUGCCAAUGCAGGAAGUUCCAAUUACAAAUUAUCCUUAUGCUGGGGGACCAGUUGUUCCACAACCAGGUGGUUGGUCGCAGCCGAAUAUGACAUCUCAACGAGGGCUGGAUUACCUUAUACCCCUUGAUAAAAUAUUUAUUGAUCAAAAAGUGGAACUUUGGGAGGUUGUUACGGAUGUUCACUUUGAAAAUCGUUAUGGUGUUGUUGAUGUUAAUGGACAACCAUUGUAUUCAAUUCAAGAGUCAUCUGAUUGUUGUGAAAGAAUGUGUUGUGGUUCACGUAGAAGUUUUAAAAUGAGUGCAUAUGAUAGAUUUGGCAUGGAAGCAUUCAGAAUUGAAAGACCAUUUACAUUUUUUGGAGAUGAAGCUUAUGUUUAUGCUGGUAAUGAAAAAUUGGGAUAUAUUAGACGUAAAAUUAUUUCAUGUACUCCAGAAUUUACAGUAUACGAUGCAUCGCAUAAAAAAGUUCUCAGAAUAUCUGGACCAUUUUGUUUCUGUGGCUGUGAACAUGAAUUUGUUGUUUCAUCAAUGGAUGGUCAUGAAAUCGGUGAAAUUAAAAAGAAAUUUUCUGGUUUUGGAAGAGAACUUUUUUCAAAUGCUGAUAAAUUUGGUGUUACAUUUCCUGUUGAUCUUGAUGUUAAGGUUAAAGCGCUUCUUGUUGGUGCAACUCUACUUGUGGAUUUUGCAUACUUUGAACGACAAGGCGAAUAAAUGCCAUAUUUUAUUAUCGAUGUUAAUCAUCAUUAUUUUCUCUAUAUAUACCUCGUUAUUAAAUUUUUUUUUUUCUACAACGAAAUAUUAAUCAAUUAAAUGUGGUCCAUAAAAUAACAUAAAUUCUUUAAAAAAUUUUUUCUAAAAACUAAAUUAAGUUGCUUAGCUUUAUCAAUGAAAUUAUCGUUUUAUAAAUUUUCAAUCAAGACAAUUCAAUUACCUAAAAACCAGUGACAAAAUAUUCGAUAAAAAAAUAAUUUUAUCUUUUAUGUGCCUAUAUUAUUUUUUAAUUGAAAACAUGAUUUCUUUUAUAACAAAAAAAAUAUUGAAUAUAUAAUUAUAAUUGAUAAUUUAAUCAUAAAAAAAUUACAAAUAAUGUGAAUAUAAUUUUUUUUGAUAUUUACAUAAUUUUUUUUAAUGAUAUAAAACAAUAGUUUUUACCAAAGUCAGUCAGAUUUUAGUUUGCAGUAUAUAUAGUAUAUUUUUUUACAAAUUAUGUAUUAUAUAAUUUGUCAAUUAUUUUUGCUGAAGAUAUUUAUCAUGCACCUGUUUACAUAAUUACAUACAAAUAAAUAAAUUAUAAUUAUAUGAAAAA